UGUUGUUGUUGUUUUGCAGAAUCUUAAACUUCUUGCAAGUGUUUAGCAUUGUAUUUGUACAGGGCUCAUAGGACUUGGGGACACGUGCAUGGCCAAGCUGAAGACUAACAGCCAUUCAAUUCUCUGAAUGUGCUUUGGCGUCACUUCCAACUGAUUUUGUCAUGUGUGUGCCUAUUUAGGCCUCCUAGGCAUGCCCAUUUCCUUCAUUAGUUUCUUACUUUAUCAGAAGAUCUUUUAAUAAAUAAUGCAGAGAAGAGGAUGGCUAUAAAACAACAUGUUUAAGCAGCAUGACCUCAAGACACUAUUCUAUCAGGAGGAUGUCUGAGAUACAACAGCAGCAAACCACACCCUUUUCCUAGAAGCGCACAACUUAAGCAUGUUCUUGCAUGCAAUGUAAAACAGACUGACUUGCCAGGUUGUGUAAUGAUUGUGUGAGUAAGCAGAUCAUUACAGCAAAUAUUCAGAUAGAGUUCAGAGAGUGAGGAGACUUGCAUUUUAUUUUUAAGCAGAGUUUAACUGGAUGAAAAAUACUCUUGAUGCAGAAAUGAAUCACCUAGUACAUCUAUGCCACUGAUCUUCAUAGAAUUUAGGCUUAAAAUAAUAACCUUUCUGACACUGUAAGAAAUUACCACUCCAAUGCAGAUGAAGGGCCUGGUCCUUGAAGAGGGAAGGCAUUAAAAAGAGAAGCUAGAAGAAGAGAUAGCAGUCUCAGGAUUCUCAGUUUUAUAUUUCAUUGUGUUUAUAUGACCUCUAGUCGACCCAUAUUCCACCUUCAGCUACAUGGCAAAUUAUUUUGAUCAUCUAAAGGCAUAAAAUUAUUUGAUUGUUUUAGUAGGUUUACAAUUGAUAAAAGCAAUUUCAUUGUUAAUAUUUUAUGAAAAGCUCUAAAUAAGGGUUUGUACUAAAAAAAAAGGUUUAGACACUAAUGAAAAGAAGUCUAAUACCAGAGUUUACAAAAAUCUGGGCUGAAGUAUCUGGGCAUUAGCCUAGUCUAUGGAAAGUAGUUCUGGGUAACUAUGCCAGCAGCUCCUUGUUCUAAUCAGACAAUUAGCAAUGUAAUGUUUUCACUUGUCAGCCUGCAAUGAAGACGUCAGGCUGUGUGUUAGGAUCCCAAGAAACAGGACAGGCUCCAUCUCUCUUUUGCCUUAAUGCUUUUGGCUUUACUCUCUGUAUCCAGGGAUAUUCUUUUGCUUUAGCUCCAUUGAUCUGUUUUUUUAACUUUUUAUCUUUUGAUUUGGAUAUUGGCAGCAACUACCAUCUAGACGCGCCUUUGUCUGUGCUCACAGCUGUUAACAUCUUGCCCCGUUUGCUGCAGCAUGAUUCUCUCUCUCUCCCUCUCCUCUCCCUCUCCUCUCUUCCUUUUCCUUUCCCUCUCAUCUUGUCUCCUCUCUGCCUAAUAUGUUCAUUCAUUAUUUACUUAUUCAUUUGGUUAUUCACUGGGUUAUCAUAUGCUCAGAUUGUCACAUGUCUUAUUCAAUUACCUUGCUUUCGGAUUCCCAGGAUACAAGUAUACAAUUAGCCGUAUGUCCACCUUGCCUCUAAUGGGGCUGAUUUGCAGAAUGAAAAAGAAAACCAGGGCUAAGUUUACAGUCGAUCUCCUAUCUACACAGUCAACACUAGGCCAUCAGUGCUUUAAUACUCAGCAAAGACACAGGAUUAAGUUUCUUCUUUUAACAUAGGCUGGAUCUUGGCUGAUCUCUGUUGCUUUAUUCUCCCAACUACUCACCACUGUCAAGGCAUUGAGGCCUGCAGCAAACUUCAUUUUAAUGAUGGGCUGGAUGAUUUACAUUAUGUCAUAGAUAUCCUGCAGAGCAACUUUCUCUGCAGGAAAAGCAACACCUCAAAGAUGAUGGUGCUCUGUAUUAAGAAAAAUAAAACAAAUAUUUUUCUUAUUUGAACCUUUUUACUGUAUUAUACGGAAUUUAGAUUCAAAUGCCAAGUGAGAUAUGCUUACCACCUCUCUUUUCACCUGUUUAUAGAUGCAAUCAAGGCCCAAGAAGUUCCGGAAUGGAAUCCCUGUAUUUUGAACCUAUUCCUGCAGCAUCAGAUGUAUGUACAUAGAGAGCCAGAGACUAAAAUAGUGGCCCUUUACCCCACUAAUGUUGAUUCUUUAGUUAGUGUGUGCUGCCAACACACAAAGGUCCUGAUUUCAGGAAGUAUCCAUAUGGACAGAGCAUGUGGGUGGUGUUCCACAUUUGCCAUUUUUUAGCCAUUUCUCUUGGGCGUCAGUAACUGCCAUGCUUGGGAUGGUCCCAGGAGCACCUUCAAAAAGAAUUAAGAUAAACUCUAUGCCAUCAUUCAAGGUCUUUUUGACUUGUGAGUACAUUUCAGAAUGAAAGUUUACUGACCUGCCUGCUGCAAUAGGCUGUGUGAGUACACGCAUGAGACGGCAGCAUCUCAUCGUGGGCAGAAUCCAGUCCCUAACUAGCCUACAUUGUCCCCAUCCUUUUCCUAAGCCAUUGAAUGUAUCAUGCACAUAUCCACUCAGCAGACGUUACUAGAGAGACUCCUGUAGGGAUACACAUUCACAGAAUGUGGGGCAAAGACCUGGGUUUUACCCCAAUGACUGGAAACUAGUCUGGGAGAUAAGAUUGAACUGCAAGAAAACAGGUGGAAAAGAACAGAAAGAGCAUCCUAGAAGCCUGGCCAGUGGCGAUCUUUCACACUACUUGCUGCUCGUGCACGCAUGUAACACAGCUGCUAGGCUGGGUCACUGCAGUGGUGGCAGUGCAGAAGAGAGGAAAGAUGGCGUAGAUGUCAGAAGAUAAGGUUUGAUUCCUGAUUCUGCCACGUACCAAUUAUGUGACCUGGGAGAAGUUGUUUACCAUGGGGACCCUCAGUUUUCUCAUCUGUAAAAUGGGACUGUUGAUAACCUCUCUGAGGCUACCUCGUACGGAUGUAAUAAUGCUCAAAGGAACGUACUUUAUUAGUAUAUUGCCUGAAUUCCUGCAGUGGAAUGAUGCUACUAUGAGAGUAGGAUACAGGGAUAUACAGAAAACAAAUUUGAAGUAAUAAUGGCCAGAAAUUUUCCACAUUUGCUAUAAACCCCAAGACCCAAGGAUCUCCGCCAACAGUAAGCAAGGGAAACAUGAAGAAAGCCGCACAAAACCAACACUGGCCUGUUUGGAGUUGUCAGUUGUUACUCUAGACAACCCUAUAUUGAAAGAUGCAAAAGCAUCCAGCAUCCAACUGGUAAGAAAACGGAGGUGGGUCACUGAAUAGGAAUGUAAUACAAAUGGUUUGAAGCAGCAAAUGGCUUGACUUUGCUGGGGAAAAGGGUGCUGGGUUUGAAACCAAUGGAUUUCUCUUUCACUCUGCUCCCAACUUGUUCUAUGAUGCUAUCAAAUGAGGAGGGUGCCCUAGAAGCUCUCCAGCACCAUUCCCAGCUCUCUGCUACUACGGUGCAUUUGCUAAUAAUACUUUGAAUUUUCAUCUGCAUUCGAAACCUGGAGUGGUCAUCAAGCAGGCCCCAGCUGGCCCUUCCUUGCCCUAAGCCUCAGCUGCAGGUGCUGGACCUCUGGACAAAUGGCCCAGCCACUGAGGGUGCCUGUCUCCCACAGCCUUCCCAUCUCACUGACCAGCAGGAUCAAACUGAUACUAUAAUGGCCGAGCCAUACGGAUCCCCAGAAUCUGUUCGGUCUCUAACUGGGACAGAGUCUGAUCCCUCUUACGAGUCCAGCACAUGGGCCUUGGAAAGCGCAUGUGCAUCACCAGAUGUAUCACCUUUGUACAGCCUUGAAUUUGAAGACGAGCUGGGGCAGGUGGAAGACCUGGACCAGAUGGAUGAGAUGGAGGAGGUGCUGCAGGUGGACGAGGAGAUGGAGGAGGACCAGGUGGAGCAGGAGGACCAGGCGGAGGAGGACCAGGUGCAGGAGGAGGACCAGGUGGAGGAGGAGGACCAGGCGGAGCAGGAGGACCAGGCAGAGCAGGAGGCCUUCUCACCCUCCAGCAUGGCUGUUAGCAGCAGUGUUGAGGUACUUCUAGGAGUCUUGCCCCACACAUUUGAAUGGACCACUAACCCUGCAAAUCCCCGAGUCUCCACUCUUUUGCCCAAUUUCACUUUGCAGAAAGUGCUCUUUUCAUCUCUUUUUGACCUGUAUCACCAUCUCUGUUGUACUAGGUUUUCAGAUGCCGCUGAUGAUCCAGUGGGUCCUCGCAAACAGGGAGGUUGGAGGUUCUCUGGGAAAGACCAGAUCCCCGUUCCACUCUUAAUGUGAAAUACGCAGACACUUUGUGCUUGAGAGAUGGUUUGAGCCAAAUAGGAAGCUUAACUACUAAGAUGGUAUUUUUAAGAGCUAUGCUCCCAUCACUUCUGAGGGGAUGCUGACCAUCUCAAGGGACAAUGGCUUUCCUGACUACCCAUAUCAACACCUCUCCACCACAAGCUAGGUUUUCCCAGUGGAACUCUUAUUAGGUUAGAACCGUGCCUUUCAGAAUAUUAGAUACACACAAUCUUCAAACGUCAGCACCAGUAUUCGGUCCAAGGCCAAAUCAAAACAGUUAGAUUAACUACUCUGCUGCUCUUCUACCCUCAACAUUUGUGUACAUAAUCACAGAUCUGGACAAUCAUCUUUUUUAGCAGAGGAGAUUAUUACUAUGUGGAUUGGCAGCCAAGAUAAUGAGUUGAUGUUGGUCUGUUCUGUGGAAUUGUAUGCAUUAACUACCAAGUGUAAGACUAGUUACUUCAUUCCUAAUGCCAAGGGCAUCCGCUCCUGAUGAGCAGACCCGCAGGCCAGGAGGUCAUGUUUGAGUCCAGCCCCAGCAGGGUGGCCUUGAGGCAUCCCUGAGUCUCAGUGUCUCCAUCUUGAAAUGGUCUGCCUACCUUGCUGGCAUGUUUGCACUGCUAGCAAUACAUUUACAAGAAGCAGCUUGGAUGUUUUCCCUCUCUUUUCAUAACUCUGCUAUGUGCUUCCAUUAACCAUAAAGGGGUUGAAGGCUCAUAGUGUGGUAGGAUAGAGAGUGUUGGUUUUGUUCUCUAGUCAUUGCACGUAUGUGUACUCUCAUCAGGUUAAUGUUGGGCUCUCUCCUCUUGUUUAUGUACACAGUGUAUGGCACAGAUCAAGGCAAACAAGAGUUGUUUCUCAUUUGACAAACACUUAUUUUCCAAGAAUUCCACCUCUUUCCCGUUCCCCUCAGCAAUCAGUUGAGAAGUCCUACCCACUGUCUUAAUUCCUCUCCAAUACAUCCCUUCCUUCCCAUGCCUCCUGUCUAUGGUCUGUUGCAGGCCCCUGUUAUCUCUACCUUGAGUCACCUCCACAGCCUCCUGACCAGUUUCUGUCUGGAUCCAGGCCCACUCUCUCCCAUUAGUUCAUCUUCCAUACCGCUAUCAGCAGGCAUGUUGUCUGCCAUGGCUGUGAGCAUGUUGCUUCCCUGAUCAGGCCUGUGUUUUAGACUACUCCUCAUCACAGCAGCACAAGGUGGCUGAUGAAGAGAAACCUGAAUGUGGAUGGUCUGCACACAGGUCUUUCCCACUUCCCUCCCACAUGUGGUCUGUCUCAUCGCCUCUGCUCCAGCCGACCUGAAGCAUCGCUUUGUCUCCCAACACUCUUUCCUUCUACAGAUUCAUACAUUUGUUCGUUUCCAGACCUGAGGCUGUUACUCAGGUUAAAACGAGAUUUCCAUGGCCCAGAGGAGAGCAUGCCUCCAAGCACUGUGACCGUGUGGGUAGCGUCUACUUUAGAAGGCAGCGUUACGGUCAGGUCUGUGACUGCCUGUGCAGUGCUCUGGGAUGAUGGAGAGAAUGCCUGUGCAUUCUUCUGCACUCUGCAUUGCUAACGGGCAGCGAGGGGGAGGUGUUUCACAAGCCUCAGUGAUGACCUGACCCACUGUCCUCUGACUCUUCUACUAAGGACUUUGGGCAGGUUGCUUCAGGUCUCUGGGCCAAUGCUGAAGCUUUAUGUUUAGGAGGAAAAUCAGACUAAAUGAUCCCCAUGAGCCACUUCUGAUGUAGAAUUUUUGGAUUCUCUAGCCAUUUCUGCAAACUUUCUAGUAAUGAAUAAAAUCAGCAGUGGAGGGCCGUUGUUUG